AUGCCUUUAUUCAUAGUACACGGUCAAUGGUCGAAUUGGGGCUCUUGGUCACCGUGUUCCCGGACCUGCGGUAUCGGCGUACAGUCUCGAGAGCGAGAUUGCUCCGAACCCGCGCCUGCUUUCGGCGGUCGCAUGUGCUCCGGCAACGCACACGACGUUCGCCGUUGCGAGGUGACUCUGGCUGGCGACUGCGUACCGGACUCGAAAUUCGAUGAGCCGUCCUCCCUCGGGCUGGCAGAAUGGACGACCUGGAGUGCCUGGUCG